GCCGAGGACCUGCUGGCGGACGUGACGGUACUCACCAAGCAGAAUCAGAAAUCGGAGUCGGCUGAGCCUAACGUUAGAAAGCGACAAAAUGUAGCCAAAGAUGGAACACAUUCCCAUAGUAACUCUGAAUAUUCGAAAGAGCAGCUGGAGCACGUGAAGAGGAUUAAAAAAUGCAAGGAUUAUUACGAGAUUUUGGGAGUCAGCAAAGACGCUGCGGACAGCGACAUUAAGAAGGCUUACAAGAAAUUAGCGCUUCAAUUACAUCCUGACAAGAAUAAAGCGCCAGGCGCCGCCGAAGCUUUUAAGGCUAUUGGUAAUGCGGUUGCUAUUCUUACUGACACGGAGAAACGGAAACAGUACGACACGUACGGUCCUGAAGAAGAACGAAUGCAGAACGUGCACACCCGCCAAGGCCAUACACAUUAUAACUAUACCCGUGGAUUUGAAGCCGAUAUCACAGCCGAAGAGUUAUUCAACAUGUUUUUCGGCGUUGGCUUCCCGCAACAAGAAUUCUAUAUGCGUCGACCAGGUGGGAGAUGGAUGCGGCAGUCAGAGGCACAAGCGCAACAUGCUCAUAAUCAGCAAGCAAAUGGAUAUACGUCAUUUCUUCAGCUGUUGCCAGUUCUGUUAUUAAUAUUGUUAACCAUGAUGAGCAGUUUUUUCAUAUCCGACCCGGUAUACAGUCUGCACUCGAGUUCGAAAUAUUCUGUGGCCAGAACAACUCAAGUUUUGAAAGUUCAAUAUUAUGUUAAAGAGAACUUUCAUAGUGAAUAUCAAGGGAGUUUACGUAGGCUAGAAAUUUCAAUUGAAGAGGAGUACGUGAGUAAUUUGAGGCAAAGCUGCGCCAGAGAAAGGAAUUACAGGGAAGGUAUAAUGUGGAAAGCCCGUAAUUUGGGAGAUCAAGAUCUAUUCAUGAAAGCUAAAAAUCUCGAAACACCUUCGUGUAAGAAGCUACAAGAACUGCAAGCAUAAUAGAUAAAACGUGUAAACUAAAAAUAGGAGUUUUGUGUGUUGUAGAUAGAUGUAUAUUAUAUUUACACAUGUAUAAUUGUCUUUGGGUGUAUAAUGGGAAUUUGUUAUAAAAUUACAUAUAAGGCAUCUUUAUACACUCAGAGUAAAUCAUAUUUCAAGUCCACACAACACACCUACUUGGUCUCUAAUAGGGCUGUUAUUUUUCACAAGUUCGAAGUUUAAGGUGUCUUCGAAGCUUCGAAGCAAAUCAUCAGCCCUAGUCUCUAGCCGUUAAUUCCAUGCAUAAAUUUCAAAUUACAUAAUGAACGAUUGCUGUGCAGAGUAAAUGAAGGUUUAAUCUUUAUUUACUCGAUUUGAGUGAAAAUAUGUAUAAGAAAUGGUUCUUUUCUUCCUUAAUUUCCAUUCUCUCAAAACAAACAUGUAUAUUAGUUAUAAAUAUAUUUUAAAAAUUGAUAAAAAUUGUCUAUAAAAAGAAAACAAUGUAAUAUGCGUACAAUUGCCUCUUCAGCUUUUCAAACUAUAGUAUUGUGGAAUAUUAUUAGGACAGCCAUUCUGAAUACUCAAUUAUUUAUAACGAGCAAAAUAUAAAUAAGCUUAGUACUUGCUAAGUACGAUUACAUAGAUAGCAUAGAUGGAAUGAAUAUCAUACGUACAUGUAGAUAAUUUCAUAGAUUCGCGGGUCCAAUUUAUUUCAUGAUGACGCUUUUUUCAAUUGAGAAACUACGAAUAAAUUUGUAGUAGGUGA